AUGCGUCGCACGGCUCUCGUCGCCCUCAUGGGCCAGUUGGUUAUGGGACAGAGUUCUUCUCCCUUGUUCCCCAACACCACCACGACCUCCACCACUCGCAGCUCGUCGGUCACCACCUCGUCCUUCUCCACAACCCUCUCGGGUUCCACGUCGGUGACCACCAUCCAGACCACCUCAACCGGCCAGACUACAAUCAGCAGUCUGACCACCUCCACUGGCUCGGACACCACUGCGACGACCGAGGUCCCCAUCACGACUUCCGACAUCGUCACGACCAUUGACACCACCAGCAGCUCCGAGGUGCCUCCCAUCACCACCGAUGGCUCCGAGACCUCCACGGUUGACACCACCUCCGCCACCACCACUGGCACCGAGACCAGCUCGACUUCGUCGUCUGCCACCCCGUCCGCCACGGUCAUUCCCAACCCCAGCAACGUUGGCAACUUCUCUCUUCUUGGCUGCUUCGGCUCCACCACUGGUUUCCCUACCUUCGACCUGGUCCUGUCUGCCUCUUCCAUGACCCUUGAGCUUUGCGUCGCUUCUUGCCCCGCUGGAAAGCGCUACGCCGGUCUGUUCGGCUCCGACUGCUUCUGCGGUGAUAUCGUCAGCGAUGCCACUGCCACCCGUGUCUCUGAGGAUAGAUGCGACAUCACUUGCCCUGGCAACUCUGCCGAGCGCUGUGGUGGCCGCAACACCAGCGGAUCCCUGAAGCGCCAGCUCAUCUCUGCCGAGAUCCUGUUGACCAUCUACAUCCGUGUUGAUGGCGGUAUCGAUGUCACAACCACUGCCACCGUCACCACCACCUUCACUGCCACCACCACUGCCACCAUUGACGGUACCGCUACCACCGGCGUCACCACUGUCACCACCACCUACUGCCCUCUGUGCCAGGACUGCCAGGGUCCCUUCUGCUACAAGCCCACUCCCAACCCGUGCUCCAACGGCAAGUGCUUCGGCGUUCCCUGCUACGGUGAUGACUGCUACAAGAAGAUCGUUGCCUACGGUGACUACUGCGGUUACGACUACCCCUGCUACGGUCCCGACUGCCAGCGCCGUCUCGUCUGGGUUGAUGGCACCUGGCACCCUGAGGUCUGCUCCGGAUACGACUGCGGCCGCAAGAUCAAGUGUGUCUCCGGCAAGUGCGACUAUGUCAUCAAGGGAUCCGACUUCGAUUCCGAGAAGAUUGUCUGCUACGGCAACGUCUGCAAGGUCGAGUCCUGCUCCGGUGAUGAGUGCAACAAGAAGUACGUCUGCAAGGACAACUCCUGCGUCUUCGAGUCCUGCCCGUACGCCGAUGCCAACAAGAAGUACGAGUACAAGAACGACAAGUACAUCGAGGUCAAGGGCUGCAACGGCUCCUGCCCUGUUCCCCAGCCUCCUUGCUCCGGCGACUCCUGCAAGAUUGUCAUCCCCGUUCCUCCCGUCACCACUGUUGGCUGCGACGGCACUACCUGCAGCACCAUUGUCAUCCCCCAGCCUCCCGUCACCAAGACUCCCUACGUCCCGGCUACCGAGACCAAGCCCGCCGCCAACCCCCCUGCCACUGGCGCUCCCCCCGCUGGUGCUCCCCCGGCCGGCACUCCUCCCGCCGGUGCUCCUCCCGCCGGUGCUCCUCCUGCCGGUGCUCCUCCUGCUGGCACUCCUCCUGCCGGUGCUCCCCCUGCUGGAGCUCCCCCUGCCGGUGCCCCUCCCGCCGGUGCUCCUCCUGCUGGAGCUCCCCCGGCCAACUCUGCUGCUCCCCCCGCGGGCGGCAACCCCACCGGCACUGCCACUGCCAAGCCCCCUGUCGUCACGGCCGGCACCAGCAAGUUCGCUGCCAGCUUCGGCGCUCUUGCCUUCAGCGUUCUUGCUGCCGCUGUCCUUCUGUAA